GUGUUUUGUAAAACAUAAAAAAAAAAAGCCUAGCACUCCAGGAAGGAAUGCAUACUGCCCGCCAUAUUUUAUGUCCAAGUUUUAAACUGAAGCCCAGGUUUUCUUUGUUCAGCUGUUCAUGUACAGAGAAACAUUGGUCUUUUUUCUCUGAAACUGAAGCUUUUUCAAUCUUUGUAUGAGUAGAUAACCAACAGUAACAUUGGGAGAYAGCAUUAUUUGUUAUUUACCAUCAUUACCGUCAUCAAAAUGAAAGUCUUACGUUCACCGUUUUGGAURUAACUGUUUUCUUGCUCCAGAUUAAAAUGUCUUAUCGUGUCACUGAAAUGCAAACAUCACAGUGCUAGUGAGUGACCUGGAGACUACAGUGGAUUCAACAGCAUUACAGUGUAAACAUGUUUUAUUUCACAUUCACUUGAUACAAUCAACACUGGAAAAAUAUGAACGUUUCAAGAGAUCUUUCACAUGUAAACAGAGCCUUGGAGUGAAACUGACUGGGUAUCAGGCUUAACCUGUAUUCAGAGGAGAGCAUUUACUGUAUGUCAAACAAGACAACUCUUAUUUAAGAGGUUCUCAGGUUUCAGAUUUUAAAACUUACAACAGAGCAUUAAACCUGCUUGUGAAUAUAGGUGACCAGAGCUUCAGAGUCAGAAUGUCAUUGUCAUUGAAACAAAAUUGCUGUCCKUAAAGCUUCAAAAAAUGUAUAAAAAAGAUUAAAAAUGCCAUGAUAAGUCGUUCAGAACACAAAUGGACUACUGCACAUGAUCAAUGAUGGUGACUCAAAAACAUUAAAUGUAUCAUGGCUGAUUUUCAAUAACUGUCAUUCAGUGUGUCAUGGCAUACAGGUGAAACUAGAAAAAAGGCGAUAAUUUUGCGUAAAAAAAGGUUGUACACUUUUUUUAAAAAAAAAAAAUACCGUUUUUCCGUUAAUUUAUCUUAAAAACAAGAAAUGCACCACAAUUGGAAAGGUCAGAGAAACAGGAGUUUGCGGCUUUUAUUUUGAAAUGACCUGUGGCGUUCUAUUUCCGGUCCCGGUGUGGAGCCGCAGUGUGAACAGCAGCCGUCAGCACCGAGACGCCGCAGCGUUGAGAGACGCUCCGGUGCUCGAAGGCGGGCUCUGUGUCUCUGUCAGCCUGCCGCCAGACGAAGCUCCUUUCUGGGCCUUUAUUUUCUAAAUUCCACCGCCGCGCUCUUCUGGAGGUGAAUGAAGACCGAACCCUGCUCUGCCCCGGUCGCGCUGAGACGCGGACGAGCUGAGGACCGGAAUCAUCGGUGCGCUUAAAUAUUACUUGAAAGACGGACCGGGUUUUCCGUCUUGUUUUUUGGUGAUUUAUUUCCGGCGGGGACAGUGUUUGUCGAGCGGCAGGAGAGAAUGCAGCGCAGCGGGUGUGUUGCUGCAGGUGGAUGGCCAACCUGAGCCGAGCUCGACCCGCCGCAGCAGCUCCUGGCUUCACUCGGAGCCGCCUGACGGAGUAAAACCCAAACCGCAGCGCUGAGAGGAUUUUAAAAAAAGAAGCCGAGCCAUGCUCCCCGGAGUCGGCGUGUUCGGCACCAGCCUGACGGCCCGGGUGAUCAUCCCGCUGCUGAAGAACGAAGGCUUCGCCGUGAAGGCGCUGUGGGGCCGGACCCAGGAGGAGGCGGAGGAGCUGGCCAAGGAGAUGAACGUCCCGUUUUACACCAACCGGAUCGACGACGUGCUGCUGCACCAGGACGUGGACCUGGUCUGCAUCAACCUGCCGCCGCCUCUGACGCGCCAGAUCGCCGUCAAAACGCUGGGUAUUGGAAAGAACGUAAUCUGUGAUAGGACUGCCACGCCCCUGGAUGCCUUCCGAAUGAUGUCAGCUGCCCAGUACUAUCCAAAGCUGCUAAGCAUUAUGGGAAAUGUGUUGCGUUUCUUGCCGGCUUUUGUUCGAAUGAAGGAACUUUUAGAAGAAGGUUACGUUGGAGAACUUCUGGUCUGUGAGGCCCAGGUCCACAGUGGGAGUCUCUUAGGGAAAAAAUACAACUGGAGCUGUGAUGAUCUGAUGGGAGGUGGUGGUUUGCAUUCCGUGGGCAGCUACAUCAUCGACCUGCUUACAUUUCUGACUGGCCAACGUGCAGCCAAGGUCCAUGGCUUCCUCAAGACAUUUGUCAAACAGACAGACCACAUCCGGGGCAUUCGUCAGAUCACAAGUGACGACUUCUGCACAUUUCAGAUGGCACUAGAAGGCGGCGCCUGCUGCACUGUCACGCUCAACUUCAACGUACCAGGAGAGUUUCGUCAAGAGGUGAUAGUUGUGGGAAAUGUUGGGAGGCUGAUGGUCACUGGCACAGACCUGUAUGGACAGAAGAACAAUGGCGACGGCGGCCCUGAACUCCUACUCAAAGACACCACACCUCUUGAGAAGGCCUCCUUGCCGGAAAAGGCUUUUAGUGACAUUCCAUCCCCUUACCUCACCGGGACGAUCCGCAUGAUCCAGGCAGUGCGGCAGGCCUUUCAGGACCAAGAUGACCGCCGGACCUGGGAUGGAAGGCCCCUGACGAUGGCCGCCACUUUUGAGGAUUGCCUUUAUGCUCUUUGUGUGGUGGACACAAUCAAGAAAUCCAACCAGUGUGGAGAAUGGCAGAACAUUGUGGUCAUGAAAGAAGAACCAGAGAUUAGCCCUGCCUAUUUAAUCAGCGAGGCCAUGCGGCGGAGUAGGAUGUCACUCUACUGUUAGCAUCCAAGCUGCUGUGUACRGCCAGAGCCUUGGUAUUACUGGAAGUUCUUUCACUGGGAUACUGCAUCCAGUUUAACAUGCUGGCAGUUUUUUUUUUAAACUUGUGUUGUUACGGUUUGCACCAAGGAAGUGCAGAGAGCUAUGGUUUUGCUGCUUUAGCAAUAGAGAAGCUACUAGAAUAUUUUUUUUAUGUAAAUGCAAAAUUUGGAUGGUCCACACCCUCCUAACCUCCCUGGGAUUCCCACCCAUGUAUACAAGGUACUUAUCUGGAAGUUACCUGGAACAUACUCCAGCAAGAUGCUUUUGGAAAAUCAGACAACAAAAAAAGGCACUGGGAACCAUGCAGAAAUUAAAAUACUUCCUGGUUCAUUAAUCAGUUGUAGGCGACUCAAAAGAAUUCUACUUCUGAUAUUUCCAUUUCCCAAAUUGACACAGUCUAGAAACCUUUUACCACCUUGCUGACUCAUUGACCAAACAGGUAUUACUGAUCCGUUUCCUACAUCUUUUUGAUAUGACCUCACUUACACUGUGGGUUCAAACAAGGACAGCCAAGGGAAGAGCGAUCGUGCCCUCAUAUUGUGCCGCUUUGUUGUUGCUGUAUUCUAAAGGUGUUAGCUAGUUUUACACAGUGAAUAUUUAAUAAGUCAGUGUGCUCUGUGCUUCAUAUCUGCUCUGUAUUCUUCUUUUGUGUGUUUGUGCAAAAAAAAAGGAAAAAGUCAGUUAUUCA